AUGGUUCAGAGAGAACUUUUCUCGAAAUUGGCAUCUGAAGAUGGUAAAGAACGAGUUUCAUCAGCUAAUAAACUUAUAAAACAAUUAUUAGAAGAAAAUUCACAAGAAGAAUGGGAUUAUACAUAUAAUAGAUUAAUUAAAGGUUUAAUAUCAACAAAACAAUCAGCAAAAUUGGGGUUUAGUAUGGUAUUAACUGAAGUAUUAUUACAAUUGUUUAAACAAGAAAAGCUAGACAUUAUUGAAUAUUUAAAUAAAUUAAAUGAAGUUACCACAAUAAAAUCAAAUAUGAAAGGUAAAGAAGAAAGAGCAGUUUUAUUUGGUAGAUUAUUUGGUUUUAAUGUAUUAUUAAAUGCUAUUAAUAUUUCAAAAUUAAAAGAAAAUGAGAUUUCCAUAUUUAUUGAUAAAAUAUGUGAAUUAUUAAAUACUAAACCAUGGAUAAGAGAAGUAGCAACUGCAAGUUUAAUACAAAUUAUAGAAAAUUUUAAAAGUCCAUCAUUUCAAGAUUCAAAUGUUUUGAAAAUAUUACAAAAUAUCAAUAAUCUUGGAUUAAAUUUAUCUUUGGAAGGAUUAGCCAUAUAUUUGAAAAUUCCAAAAUAUAAGAGAAAUGAAUUAAGUAAAAAAAUUCAAAAUCCAAAAUCAAAUUGGAAAAAUGGUGAUCCAUUGAAUAAGGGGAAUUUACCCAUACUUUCAAAAGUUUUAAAAGAUAUCAAUGUUGUUGAUGAUGGAGAAGAAAAUUCUAGAAAACAAAAUAGUAAUUGGAACCCUAAAUUACCUUUUGUAUGGGAUUUAAUAGUUGAAAACUUUGGAACAUUAGUAACAAUAGAUGAUGAAGAACCACCAAAGAAAAAACAAAAGGGAAAUAACAAAAAGAACAAAAAUGGUGAUAUCUUUGAUUCUAUAGGAUUAAAAGAAUUUUAUAAAGUUGUUAUUGAUGAAUCAUUUUUUUCAGAAAAAUCAUCUCAUGAAAGGAAAUAUUGGGGAUUUGAAAUUUUUAAUAAAUUUUUAACACAUUUAUAUACUGAAAUAGAUAUUGAUUAUUUAUUUACUCCAAAUUUUAUGAGAUGUUUAAUUAAUCAAUCAUCACAUAAAUCAAGAUAUUUACAUGAUAUUGCUAGAAUAACUUUAAAAAUUAUUAUCAAAAAAUGUAAAGAAGUACCAGAAGUUUCAUGGGUUAUAUUUCGAAAUUUAUUAAAUGAAUCAAAAGGUGGCUGUUGGAAUUUUGAUUUAAUUACAAAAACUCGUACAAUUGAUGAAAUAAUAACUAUACCAAAUUAUCAAAACUUGGAAACAUUGAUUAAUGAGUUUAAUCAAUUUUUAUCAACUCAAACUAAAUCAGAUGGUUUCAAAUAUUCAAAUGAUAAUAUUUUAAAAUGGUAUCUUGAUAAACUUGUGACUGCAUUAAAGUAUAAUAAGAAAGAUAACAAUAUUUUGGUAAUUCUUGAUAUGUUAAUUGAAUAUAGUUUUUUUGAAUCUGACUUAUCUCCAAAUUUGAGAAAAUUAUGUCAAGAGAAAUUAAACUCCACGUUAUCUGAUUUAUUAGCAGGUGAUGAUUAUUUUUGGUGGCCAAGUUAUUGCGCUAGAAGAAUAACAGAAUUAGAAAAUUCAAAAACAUGUAUAAUUGAAUUAGAUGAAGAAUUAACUGAAAACAAACAAGAAAUAUUAAAAAUAUUUGAAUUAUUAAAAAGUGAAGAAUCAGAAAUUUUUCAAAUUUUUAAACUAUUAUUUUCAAUGUGUUUUAUUCAAUUAUAUAUUGGUGAUGAAGAUAUAAUUUCAAUAACUCAAGAUUUAAUAUCAUUAUAUGAGACUUUCAAAACCAAUGCAAGUGAUAAAGAUAUACCAAUUGCAAUAACUGAAAUUAUAUUAAGUUAUAUUUCUAAAAAAAAUGUAUUAUUAAAAAAAUUAGCAAUUAUUGUUUGGGAAAAAUUUUUAUGUAAACCUAUUAAUGAAGAUAAUGAUGAAUUAAGAAUUAAUGAUGAAUGUUUUGAAUCUUUAUUUCGAAUUUUGGUUGCAAAAGAGAAUAAAGAAGGACAAAAGCUGUUAUUUGAAAAUGAUGAUGAGAUGGAAUUAGAUGAAGAAGAGGAAGAUGAUGAUGAUAACGAUAGGGCUGGAGAUAGCGAGGAAGCUGAAGAAGACGAGGAAGAAGACGAGGAAGAUGAGGAAGAUGAUGAAGAGGAGGAGGAAGAAGAAGUAAACAAUACAAUGACAGACCUUGAUAAAGAAACCAAUUUAAAACUUGCAGAAGCAUUAGGAAUACCGACGAAAGAAACAGGAGAAGUUAAAUUCGAUGAACUUUCAGAUUAUAAUGAUUCAUCAAAUGAUGAAUAUGAAAGUGAUUCAAUGGAUGAUGAACAAAUGAUGGCAAUGGAUGAUCAAUUAUCUAAAAUUUUUAAAGAAAGACAAGAUAUAUUAAAUGAAUCAACUAAAAAUUCAGGAAAUAAACGACAAAAAGAAGUAAUGGAAGCAAAAGAAAAUAUGAUUUUUUUCAAAAAUAGAAUUUUAGAUUUAUUAGAAGUUUUCAAUAAGGUUAACCCUAAUAGUGAAUAUAAUUUAAAAUUUAUUGAACCAAUUAUAACUUUAGUUAAUUUAACAUUGGAUAAAAAUUUAGGUUUGAAAGCUCAUAAAUUUUUGAAAACAAAAAUAAGUAAAACUAAAAUUUCACCAUCAAGUAUAAAAAAUAAAGAACAGUUUAUAAAUUUUGCAAUGGAUCUUAUUAAAAAUUUACAAUUACAAGCUAAUUCAACAAAAUCAACAAAUCAAUCUGUAUAUGCUUGUUAUAAUCAAAGUUGUAUAAUUUUAGCUAAGAACAUAUUAAUAUUGGAUUCAUCUAAAUUAAAUGAAGUUAUAGAUAUUUAUGCUACAUCUAUGAAGAAUUGGGCAACUAGUAGUAGCAGUAAAAUUCAACCUUCAUUAUUUUUUGAUUUUAUUAAUUGGUUAAAUGAUAAAAGGAAGUAA